AUGCCGGAAGUUAUCAGAAUUCAUCGUCAAGUAUGUGAUUUUCAGUGUGCACUUGGUUUAUGUGGUAUUAUUUUAAUGAUUAUUGAUAACGAAAUUAAAUUUAGUCAUCAAAAAGAAGAAACAACACAAACUAAUUUAAUCAUCGAAAUAUUUAUAACAAUUUCCACUUGCGCUCUUCUAUAUUUGCUCAUUUAUUAUCAUUAUUUAAAUAUAAAAUUGUUCCGUCUCAACAAUUUAGGUCUUGGCACUAUAGAUACUGCACUAACAUAUGAGCGAGUAUAUUUAGUUGUCUGUGAAUUUGUUAUAUGUGCAAUUCAUCCAAUACCUGUUCCAUGGCCAAUAUCUGUGCCAAAGAAACCUGCAAACUAUGCUCCCAUAAGUCUUAUAUUAUCAUUCCCGAUGUUUUUGAGAUGCUAUUUAUUUGUUAGAUGUCUAUUUUUACGUAGUCAUCUGGUUAGAAACGCUGCUCUUCAGUCGUAUGGUUAUUUAAAUCGGCUUCAAAUUAAUUUGCAUUUAAUCGGCAAAUAUUACUUAUACAAACAUCCUGAAAUAUUAUUGACAGUAGUAGCAUCUUGCUCACUAUUUAUAUUCAGCUGGUGUAUUCGUGCUUGUGAAUAUUCACCAGUUACUCAUACACAUCAAUCAUAUCUUGAUUCCUUGUAUUUUUAUGUAAUUACAUUUACUACAAUUGGGUACGGUGAUUUAACACCGUCGACACAAUGUUCUCGUUUAAUGAUCGUUUUAAUUGGUUUUCAAGGCAUUUUGAUACCAUCAUUUAUUAUUGCUGUUAUAUCAAACAAGUUACAGUUUAGUACCACUGAAAAUUAUUUUAUUAAAUUUGUGGAACAAAUAAAAUUAAGUCAAGAACUUAAACAUGAAUCAUCAAAUAUAAUCAAACGUGGUAUAAAAACAUGGAUGUUGAAAACAGUUCGCCCGUCUACAUCAUACGCUAAAUUUAAUAAAAAACUGUUAAUAUCAAUCAAGGCGAAGAAUCGUAUUAAACAUCAGCAACUACAGAUAUCUAACGCUGAUGAUAAUGACACAGCUAUUGCUGUUCUUCUGAAUAAUAGACAAGCACUCGAACAAGAAUUACAAAUAAUUAAAACAGUUUUGCAUAAGAUCGACAAGAAGUUACAAGAGCGACAACAAUUCCAAAAUGCAUGA